AUGGUCUCUCGGAUCUUGCGUUUUCUUGUAUUCUCACCAAUAUGCAGCCAGCCUUUCGGUCUAUUUCCAGUCGAUUUCGUGCCCCGUUCGUGCAAUGUGUUCCGCUAUUUUGGAUCUUUCCAUAUCCAUGUUGCUGCCGAUUUUUCUUCCUGUUUCACCAAUAUACUUGUGCUCACAGUUGCCGCAUUUGAUGCGAUGAACUACCGAACAAUCAAGUUUGUCAGUCUUCUCGUGUUGCGUCGGCAGACUGGUGAAAAGUGUUUUCUUCUCCUUUGUUAUCACCUUGAUAUUUCAUUGCCUUAG